CUAUACAUAGAAACAGAGCCUUAUGCGCGCUUGGCGAUGGGAUGAUUGAUGUAGAGCUCUGGUGACAGGCCAACAACGACCCAAAGCUGAGAGAUGGGGCUUCUCGUUGUCAGCUUGCUGGCUCUGGGGGUGGGGCUCGUCACCCCGUGGGUGGGGACGAUCAGGAUAGGAGCCUUCAAUAUUAAGUCGUUUGGUAGAAGGAAGAUGGGGGACCCCAUUGUGGCCCAGAUUAUUACUCAGAUCGUCAGUCGCUAUGAUGUUAUUCUCAUACAGGAAAUCCGGGACAUUACAAACACGGCCGUCAAUGAGCUGCAUAGUAACCUCUCUGCACAUGUCAAAGCUGCGAAUCCGUCCGCGUGUUUUUCCUUCAAGAUCAGUCCAAGGCUGGGGAGAUCGAGAUAUAAAGAACAGUACGCCUUCUUCUACAGAUCUGACAGGGUCGACGUUGUGGCCAGCCACCUGUUUACUGAGAGUAGAGGAGACGUGUUCGAGCGAGAGCCGUUCUGUUUGUUGCUCAACAUCCCGGGGCUAGCGGGUCCAUGGCGGCUUGCACUGGUUGGCCUGCACACAAAACCCACACAAGCCGUUGCCGAGAUACAAUACCUCUUUGACCAGGUCGAGGCAGAGGUCAAGGUCACAUGGAACACACAGAACUUGCUGUACCUGGGGGACUUGAACGCUGAUUGUCGAUACGUCCCCGUGUCACACCAGUUAGUUACAGGGGUGUUCCACCAGCCUGGAUACCGCUCACUGAUUGGCUCGGACGCAGACACCACAACCGGCAGGUCCCACUGCUCCUAUGACAGGAUCGUGGCCACAGGAAGUGAUGUCAUCAGUGCCGUACAAUCUUCAAGAGUCUACCUGUUUGAUCUGGAUUUAGGUCUUGAUUCGACAUUAACCAACAGGGUCAGCGACCACUAUCCCGUGGAAGUAGAGCUUCGUGCCCCAUAGUCGUGCGCCAUUCCUGUCCAGUUUCCUGUACCUACUCCGUCGUCACUGGACGUGUGGAUGGGACAUAUGGAGAGGCAGAAUUCAGGAACAAGACCUGUCAACUCGCGAAUGCAUCACUGCAUAUGUACAGUCUUCGAAAUAAUUGUCUAACGACAUAUAUCUCAACUACGAACCAAAAGACUAGUCAUUUAUCAUGAAACUUUCUUCUAGAGCAACAAGGGAUCAAUUAUAUAUUUCAACGGUUCAAGGGACUAUUCGUGCAUCAUGAAACGUGUCUAAAAUGUUCAAGGGACCAGUCAUUUAUGAUAAGUGGGAGUGAACCGGUGACUUAGUUACAAUACUCCUUCCCGAUUCCGACAUUUUCGGGUGACAUUCACACCAUUAAGUUCUAUUAAUUCUUCCGUGGCAACAAAAGCUUUAUUUAGAUUUUUUGUCAUGAAAAUCAAACGGAUUGUCAGUAACUAAUUUCAAUAUUUAACCGUUAAUUGAUUUUCCAUUUCGUAUCACUCCCCAAACGAUGUAUUGUUUACGAUUGUAAAGGUAGGUGGGUUCCCAACCCAUUUGACCCCUGACCACACCCAUAUUCCAUCCUCCAUAAUAAAAUGCUGCUACCUAAGGUAACGAUAGUCAUAUUUUUCUAUCGUGAACAUACUCACACCAACAUCACGUGUUAAAGUGUUCAAUGCGUUUGGCAGCUAACGUAAUUGUAACAUGUGCAAAGUUGUGAAUAACGCCUCUUUGUUGUCUGAAAUCUGUCCUCAGGGUCCGUUCGCACAAAGUCAUCUUAGCUCAUGCUAUUCUGUGGUAAAGUACAGGAGACACGCCAGUCAUUGUGCUAGUAUUCCCUUGCGCAAGAGGGACAAGGUUUUAUCAUCUACCAAAUGUUACCUGGCCGCAUUCAGGGCUAAUUUAGCUUCAUGUUCUAAUAGGUCGAACAUUCCUCUCUUUCCAGUGUUUUGGAAGGAUUUGAGAUAACCAAUAUUUCUUCACUGAGGGUUUGAGAUAACCAAUAUUACAACAUAACAACUUGAAAUUUCUCGUUAGUAUCUUGAAAACGGAAAAUGACAAAUGAAACAUUCUUUGAUUGAGAAGAUCGUCAACUUUCGCCAAGGCAUAUAUAUGAAGGCAAUGUAAACUUUGUUGAUAUUAAACUAGCAAUAAGUUAUGCCGAGGUCGGGCGAAGCCCGCCAUGUUUGAUUUUCGAACGUCUUCUGGCAUCAUGACACGAUAUUUGUGUUUUCGUAUAUCGUAAAUAAAAACACUUGAAAUUAGGA